UUUUGUGCCCGUUUGCCUAUAAUCAGGAUUCGAAGCUCUUCAGCACAUUCCAUUAUGCCUCAAUAUAAAUAAAUACAAAAGUUAAAAGUUUGGAAAGCUUGGACUGCAGCCAGCUUCUUGGUUAAUGGACCCUUUGUGGAGUUUGAAGGGUGUUUUUAAAACAGAGGAAGGAAAGAUCAGUUUAAGAAUCUUGGCUCAGCCUUGGAGUAUUUCCUCCCAGAGCUCUGGCUAAACCUCAGCACAAAAGCCUGGACUAGGAGACUAUGUAACGGAGGAGGGACUCCUGCAUGCUCCCUCCUCUUGGACCAGGAGAGAGAUCCCCAGACAGAGCUUGGAGGCUUUGAAACCAUGCUUUUCAUUUGGGCUUGGCUUUAUGUAGUGCUUCAGGAGCAAGCUUUUUCAGCUGCUGCAGAUCCUGUCAGCGUACCACCUGGAAGUUCAGGGAGAAGCAACUGGUGCAAUGAACACAACACAAUCCAUAGGCAAUUAGAUGCAAUUGAAGAGGCUCAACUCAGUUCUUGUCAGCCUUCACCACAGCACCAAUUCCUUGGGCUAUUUCCUCCUGGGAAUCCAAGCACAACAGAAAUCACAAUGAGCUUCCAUCCCACCUGGGCUGCAGCUAAUUUAAAUCAAGUCUCUCUUCUGCCUUACCAGAGCACUGACACACAAGAUUUUUGCCUCACAGAAAACCUCCAGGACCAGACUACAUCUCCCCUGGAACAGAUGAAGUCACUCACCACUUCUUCCUCUCCCUGGUCCUCUUCAGGAACACUGGCCCCCAGGGCUGCCUUCCUGGAGCCUGGCCUUUGUUUCAGGGCUCACUUCAGGAACUUGCCACGCCCCUGUAGCUCUUUCUGAUAGACCCACCUUUGCUGGCUUCAUCCAUUCUUAAAAAAAUCCUACACCCUGCAUAGGUGUGGCAAGGCAGGGUAUGGCUAAUUGAACAGGGCUAGCCAUGGUUAAGGAUCAUAUUGACUUAUUACAUUCAACCCUCGAUUAACUACUUACUAAGACUUCACUCAUUCACCCUUUAUAAACUGUUUCUAAAAUUACCUUCAACAUACCAACCCCAGCUUCUUAGUGCUUCAUAAUAUAGGCUGCAAAUAGAAUUUCUUUGAAUAUUGGAUUGUCCCAGGAUAGGACUAGUCCACCCUACGCCUUCAAACCCAGAAAGUUUCCACUCUCAACCCCCACCCUCUCAUCCCCAUUCUUCCCAAAAUGUCUUCGGAGAAGAUUGCUUGUGCAGCAUGGUCGGAAGAUUAACAAACCCAUUUCCUAUUUCCAAGUGCUAGACUGGAGAAAAGCCUAUGGCAAAAGGGUCUGUGUCCACAUCAGUGUUGAUGGCUGAGGUGUCAAAUUUAUGACUGGGUUUAUAUUGGAGCUCACAGCACUGAUAUUUAAAUUACUCCUAGUGCCCAUCCAAAGCUGUCACAUCAUAUCAGGGAGCGGCAACCUUUAGCACACAGCUCCCCAGGGUAAGCACCCUGGUGAGCUGGGUCGGUUUGUUUACCUGC